GAGAGAGUGAGUGCGAGAGAGAGAGAACGCAAAGGAGAGAAAAUUAUUUGUGAAAAGGAAGCGUUUGCAGUGGAUUGUCUGAAAGCAGCCAUGGACUCGGCAGUGGACGAGAGCCCUGAGCAGACCCAGGACAAGAAAGGUUGCUUCGAGUGCUGCAUCCGGUGUUUGGGCGGGGUCCCGUACGCGUCGUUAGUGGCCACCAUCCUGUGCUUCUCCGGCGUCGCCCUGUUCUGUGGGUGUGGCCAUGUGGCUCUCUCUGGCACCGUCACCCUCCUGGAAAAACACUUCUCCCAGAUCCCCAGUGACCAUGCCAGGCUGACGGACGUAGUACAGCUGAUGCAGUAUGUUAUCUAUGGGAUGGCCUCCUUCUUCUUCCUCUAUGGUAUCAUCCUGCUGGCUGAGGGUUUCUACACCACCAGUGCUGUUAAAGAGAUGCACAGCGAGUUCAAGACCUCCGUCUGCGGCCGCAGCAUCAGCGGGAUGUUUGUGUUCUUGACCUACAUCCUGGGGUUGGCCUGGUUGGGUGUGUUUGGCUUUUCGGCUGUGCCAGUGUUUCUCUUCUACAACGCGUGGUCCACCUGUGCGGCAAUGAAGUCACCCAUGGCCAACAUCACCUCUGUGGACUCCAUCUGUGUGGAUGUCCGUCAGUAUGGUAUUGUUCCCUGGAACGCUACGCCGGGAAAAGCAUGCGGGUCUACACUGGGAGAUAUCUGCAAUACCAGCGAGUUCUACCUGUCCUACCACCUGUACAUGGUAGCAUGUGCUGGUGCUGGCGCCACAGUUAUUGCACUGAUCCACUUCCUCAUGAUUCUCUCGGCCAACUGGGCCUACAUUCAGGGGGCCUGCCGCACACACGCGUGUGAGGACACCAAACCCCAGGAGGAGCAGGAGCUGCAGGACAUCCAGUCACGCUCAAAGGAAUGUCUCAAUUCCUACACAUAAGGGAUCAACCCCCCACCCCCACCCCCUCCCCCCCAGCCUGGCUGUAGGUGAUCACGCAGCUACAAUAACUGCCCUCACUCAACGCAGCGCUCCUAACAAACUAAUGCAUUGGUGUCGCUUUCUGCACUAACCCUUUGGGAUGUUUGUAGGAGCCUCAAUUUUGUCUGUUAUAUAUAUAUACAUGUAUAAAUACAUAUACUAUUUUUUUCUUUAUCAGAUCUUCAGAGUGCGAUAUUUUCAAUUCUGUAUGAUCUUUCUCUCUCUUUUUUUUUUUUUUUUUUUUUCUUUAGCCCUUUUUAUCUAACCAACCUUCUGGUAAAGCUUCAAAUGUUGCACUAUUUUCAAAGCAAGAACAGAAAUGCAUAUUGAAUGGUCUGAGUGCCCUGUGGGCUGCUGAACAGUGUGAGGAAUCAUGGGAGACACUUUGGAGGUUGUUUAUUCAUUGUUUAGUCUUUUCACCAGAUGCCAUUUCAGUUCCACAUCCUAACAUAAUGCGCCAACAAAACACCAGGAACAGCCUGACCAGAUUGAGUGCAGUGUGUUCUUUCUACGUGCACGAGCAAAACGCCCUGAUAGAGUGUGAAGAUGCAGUGUUGCUGAUAGAGUAUGAAGAUGCAGUGUUGCUGAUAGAGUAUGAAGAUGCAGUGUUGCUGAUAGAGUAUGAAGAUGCAGUGUUGCUGAUAGAGUAUGAAGAUGCAGUGUUGCUGGUAGAGUAUGAAGAUGCAGUGUUGCAUUAUCAGUGUGCUGCUGUCUGGGGAAUGUUCUGCUGCUUGUCAUCAGUACCACCAGGAGUUUAAUUCUGUUUUUGAAUGACAAGUAGUUUUUCUUUGUUGGGGCAAACCUCCAGGAAUGUUUUGUUCAUUCCAACUUUGUUCAUUCCAACUGACAUGCUCAUCUUUACACUGAAGCCCUUCAGGGAAAACUACCUCAGGUGUGAAACUGAAUUCCUUUAACAAUACUUCUAAUUCAAAGUCAUCAUUUUGCCCAUGCUCUCUUAGAACAUCCAUUUUUCCCUUCUACAGAAAUGGAUAUAAAAAAAACAUAAAUUCAGUUACUUUUGAAGCAGUUCACUUGAAAAGAAACAUGCAAAACCAUUUUAACCUUCAUGUUUUGCUAGAUUGUACAAUAUAAAAAAUGAUUGAAAUUCAACAAGUAUAAUUAUGCCUAUCAAAAGCAUUUGACCUCUUAACCAGGUUAUCUUGACCUUUAUGUUUAAAUGCUGUAAGUGAUGUAAACACACACACUCACACACAAACUCUCUCUCUCACACACACACACACACACACACACACAUACACAUACACACACACGCACAUACACACACACACACACACACACACACACUCUGUAAAUGUUUUCUUUCCAAUGCAACUGCAUUGAUUUUAAAUUGUUAUACCGUAAUAUAUUGUGAUACACUAAUAUUCCAUCUGGUAAUACAAAAUGAAAAAGGGAAAAUACGUGCAGAGGAACCAACAAAAAUGUAUUAAUGAUUAUGGAAUUCAAUAAAAUUCAGUUGAAUCAAAUAAUUUGUUUAUUAACACAUUAUUUCAUAAAUUCAAGACCCAAUACAAUAAGGUGUUGAUUAAAUAAAAACAGGGCAACCAAGUUAAAAACUGAUUUUCCUUUGGCUUCAUAAAAUUGCAAUUGAAAACUUAAUUGUGCAGAAAUAGGUGUGACUUUUGACUGACACAUUGAUUCAAUAUCUGACUCAAAUUGAUGAAAGUAUAAACCUCAAUUUCAUAAAACUAGCUGCAAAAGGAAUCCCACUUAAUUGAUAAAUAUGCUGAUUAGAAUUGAUGCAAUGCCUAAAAGCACUUUACAUUUCAAGCUGAUUAAAUAAAAUGAGAAUAGAUUAGAUUUAAUGUUUAUUUAUUCUUUUAGUUUUUUUAAUCAACAAAAUUUGGUUGAAUUAAUCAAAUAAUUUGUUAAUUCAUCAAUUAGCGAAUUAAUUCUACUGAGGUUUAUUCAAUUCCAUAGUCAUGAAUGUGUUAUUUUCACUCCUCAUAGAAAAACGUCAGUGACUCUGACAUUCAGUGUGCUUUACACGGGGGGGGGGGGGGGGGAGGGAAUAACAUUUCUGCUUUUGUGUAAUACAUUUACCCCCCUUAGUUCAUUUGAAAUACCCAUGUGGGGUUCCCUAGUAAAACAACAGUUAAAUUCCUGCCCUUUUAUGAAGAUGUGAAAUACUGCUUGAUGAACUGGCUGGUGAUUGCUGAUUGCAUAUUUGUGUUAUUUGACUUCAUGCUGUGCGCUUUGUUACCAUGGCAACCCUGCAGCGCUAAUGCAUACAGCCUACUGUGAGAACCCCUCCUCCAAGCCAGAAUUAGGUCAGUCACAUGACCACAUUAAGGAUGUUUAAGAACAUUAUAUAUGGAUGUGUAAAGAUGUUUCAAGUCAGGAAUAUUUGGUUGUUUUUUUUAUUUUAUUAAAUUACUGGUUUAAACACUUUGAAAAACAAAAAACCUAUAUGUAAUCAAAAAGUAAUUGUUCUUUAAAAAAAAAUCUCAAACUGUGAUUGAGUAUUGUUCCAGUGUGCAAAGAUUUAAAUACUGAGCAGAAUUACUGAAUUAUCUGUGUUCUGUUAUGUAGAAGAGAUGUACAGGGAUAUCUUGAUGUUUACUCAUUAUUGCAUGGACAGACGAUUUGUGCAGUAAUACAGGUGAUGUGUAGUCAUUUGUUCUGACAAACUAUGGUAGGCAGUGUUUGCACUUUCCCUUUGUUUCCUAAUGGAAAAAAAAAACAUUUCAUGUCGAUGGCAUUGUAGUCCCAAUGGUUUAAUAGUCCAUUUUUUAACUCAAAUGUUAUAUGGAUCCUCCAUAGUACCAAUUUUGUAACCCGACCAGUAUUUUAUAUGCGUGCCAAGGGCUUCCUUGUGGUUUUACUCAAGUAGAUGUUAAACAUUUGUAGAAAAUGCUUCAUAUCUAUCUCCAGUGUUUUUAUGGUGACAUUACCAAACUGCAGUUUUCCCAUUAUAUGACAAAUCUGACUCAGGCAAAAGAGCGUGAGGGUUAGGUAACUAAUCCUAACCCUAACACAGUGGUGUCAAACUCACUUCAUGCAGAGUGGCCAGAUGUUUUUCUCCAGUAAACAAUUAUCCAGUUGUUCAGAUGGAAAAGAAAUAUGAGAUUUUUAAAAACUCGAUCCUGGGAACUUGCUGUGUACGCUGGUCAACAUUCCAUUGCAAGCUGGUAAUUGUGCUUAAUAUGCAAUGCCCACUGAGUCAUAUACUAUCAUAACUAGCUAUGUAGUAUGUCACAAACAGUAAAUAUUCCUUGUUCACAUCCUAAGACUUUUAAUCCAUUAGACCAAUGCCUUAAUUUUCUGAAAUAUUCAGUGUGAUAAAUGACAAAUGAAGAGGCUACAUUUUUUAACCGUUUCAAAUUGCAGAUUCACAGGUGAAAUCAUUGGGGUCCACAAUGCCAAAGGUGUGCUCACUGAAAUUUGUGAAGACCCUAAUCGACGCUGACUUUCACACUGAGCCAAUAACCCGUCAUUAUGUUGAAAUGACAACAUUGUCAGAAUGUAAACACAUCUUCUACAGCCUGUGCUAAAACCAGCGCACAGCGGGACCCAUGGAGUCUGAAAAGCACUGCUGUUUGACACCAGUCUGUUUGACACCAGACUUCCUGUUCAUCGCUGGCUCUUACACUUUAAAAAGGUACACAUAAAAAACAGGUCAUAUUAAGGACACCCUUGGACACUUUGUCAACCAGCCUGGUAAAUGUGUUUUUAUUAAAUUAAAAUAAAAAAUAAAUGAUUGAUCAA